AUGCCACGGCAGAUUGUAGGGAACAGUGUUUGUCAGUUUGCGUGUUGUUUCUACAAAGAGAUUUCUUCUCAUGACAACAGUGGGAAUGUUUUCUUCUCUCCUUUGAGCAUCUCUACUGCCUUUGCAAUGCUGACUCUGGGUGCCAGAUCAGAUACUCUGACACAGAUUCUUAGGGUCCUUAGCUUUAACCCACAUGAAAUUUCUGAAAAUGAAAUACUUGAAGGUUAUCGCCAACUCAUGCAAAUGGUAAACAGAAAGAAUGAGGGGUUGCAGCUGAAUAUGGGAAACGUCCUGUUUGUGCUUGACCGACUGAAGCCACAAGAGAAAUUUUUAAAUAAUCUCAGAAACUUCUUUGAAGGAGAAGCUUAUCCUAUGAACUUCAAGAGGGCUGAUCAAGCCCAGAUAAAGAUCAAUGAAUAUGUAGCAGGAAGAACCAAUGGGAAAAUCAAGGACCUCAUAAAUAACCUUGAUCCACUUACUGAAAUUCUCCUUAUUAGCUAUAUUUAUUUUAACGCUGAAUGGGAAAAACCUUUUGAUCCAAAAUACACUAAAAAGAACAAAUUCUUUGUGGAUGGGAACAAGGCUGUUGAAGUCCCAAUGAUGUUUGGAAUGGGCCUGUUCAAGCACGGCUAUGACGAACAACUGUCUUCUACUGUGGUGCAAAUGGAUUACAAAGGAGGUGCUUCGGCAUUUUUUAUUCUGCCUGAUAAAGGAAGAAUGAGGAAGCUGGAGAAAAGAUUAUCUUGUGAACGUAUGGCAAGAUGGAGGACAUUAGUCUCAAAAAGUUCAGCAAAUUUGUAUCUUCCGAAAUUCACUCUUUAUGGAACAUAUAACCUAAAAAAUAUUUUAUAUAAAAUGGGCAUCAUGGAUAUAUUCACUGAUAAGGCUGACCUGUCUGGGAUCACUGGGCAGCCCCAGCACAGAAUUUCCCAGGCUAUUCAUAAGGCUGUGGUAAAGGUGGAUGAGACUGGCACCGAAGCAGCAGCUGCCACAGGCAUGGAAAUAGUGCCUAUGUCCGUUCCAGCUACCAUUUCAUUCAACAGGCCCUUCUUAAUGGUCAUAACUAUGGACAGGAAUAUACUCUUCAUGGGAAAAAUUGUGAACCCUCUGAGAACAGAUUAA